CACUCGCGCCAUUCAGCCACAGUACCUUUACCGUUGCCCGCGAAAAAACGCGUCCGUCGAUUUAAAAAGUUUCGUUUUAUUUUUAAAUUGCGUAGAUUAUAAAUAGUGGAUGCUCCCCGCGUGAGCCGCUGUGCGAGACACGACGCAGAGACAUGUACCGACUAGUAAUCCUGUUGAUCGCCGCCGCGGCAGCCGCGCCGCAGGACAACAGCAUAACCUUCAUAAAGAGCCUGCCACGGACCGAAGAGCCGCUGCCUCCGCCCGAAGAGCUGGUCCCAGCGCCCUCCUAUGCCUCUUCACAUAUAGAGAACCUGCCUUUGAGCAGCCAAGAAACCUCGGAUUACAGGACAGAAGAAGACAGCAGCAAGCAGGAGUACCUGGACACGUCGGCUGACACGAGUCAAGAUGAGCAGGCCACGGAUUCCACGGAAGAGUCCACGUUGGAAGAGUCCACGGAAACCAACGAGGCCACUACGGUUACGGAGAGAUACCUGCCUAAAACUACGAGUACACCUAAGUUUCAGCUAAAAAAAUCCCCACCAAAGUUCUACUCAAAACUGAGCUACUUCGAGAAGCCAAGCUACUCCGCGCCCACCAACUUGGUGGACCGCUCCGCCAAACGCAAGUUCCGAUCGAACUGCCGCUGCGAGAAGAUCUCCAACUGUCCCAAGCUGCAGAUCACAGUGCCACGGUGUCCGGAGGAAUAUUUCUUGUGCUGCUUUUAAAAUGUCAUACUGUCUAGGUACUUAUAGUUUGUUCAAAAUGAAUUUAAUUUUUAAAUUAUUGCUUUGAAAAAAAUAUUGGUUAACGGGUUAACCAUCUAGGAAUUGUAGAGGACGGAAACGGGCAUUUUCACUUAAUUGUGCACCUUUAAGGACCUUUAGCAAUCGUUACAAAACUGACGGUUAAUGUCAAAUCCCAUACAUUUUGUCAGGAAUGUAACGGUUAGACGUUACUGAAACAUGACUUAAGUCGCGCUUUAAAGUGCAAGUUAAAAUGCCCAAACAUCAUAUAAUCGACGAUAAGAGUGCGUACAGAUAGUGCAUAAUUGUUCUCCAUCGUAUUUUCUCGGAACGGUUCGUAUUUGUCAUAAUACGUAAGUACCUACUUCAGUCAACCCAGUCACAGAAUAAAUAAUAGUACUAAGGUACAGAAGACUCACUCUCUAACAAAAUGCGUCUGUCACGAUCAGCACAGAUAUGGCCGCUAGGUGGCGACAGCGCCACGCGCGGCUUAUGGCAAACCCCCAAAAUUGGGGCGAACGGAUGGAGAUUUAGCUACCUGUAGCAAAGCGACGAAAUCGCGGAGUGAGCCACGCCUGACUCAGUACUUUUUGUGCCGAGACUGAUUGAAAUGGCAAGACACGUUCGUACGUUUCCGUAAAAAUACGAUGGAAAAUAAUUAUGCACUACAUCUGUAUCUCGUUGACUAUAUGAAUUUUCUCGCGACUAAUCUCGCGUCGCUGCUGAAGAAUCUUGUUUUGUGUUGGGUGUCAGUUAUCAAAGACUUGUUUUAUUGUAUAAAAAAUUAAUUUUAAGUAUUUUAGUUUUAAUAUUCAACCGAAAACUAAGGCUUAGGGAAGGAUUUGUUUUUUCCUGAAUUAUCUUCUGUAUGAAAAUAAUUGUAUCAGUACUAAGCCGAACGAAAUUUGUAAUCGAUACCAAAUUAAAAAGUUGAACGACAAAUAAUAAUGUCAUAUGGAUACGACUAUUAGUAGCGAUAAAUAGCCGAUAUACAGGGUGUUUGGUACAUCGUUUGCCAAAUUAAAACGGCAGAUAGGUUGAGUCAUUUGCUAUCUUCUCAUGUCUUGAAAAAGAAAAACUGGCCAUGUAUUUUUUACUACUGCUCAAGUAAAAAUUUGAAAUUUACGAAAAACUGCCAUAGAACUGAAAAAUAAAUGUGCGCAAAAUUAAAAAUAACUAGGCCUGGGAAGAUAGCAAAUGACUCAACCUAUUUGCCGUUUUAAUUUGGCAAACGAUGUACUAAACACCCUGUAUAAGCCAAUUGUAUUUAUACAAAAGGCCUCUUUUACUUGGUCAAGCUCUUGAAACAUGCAUCAAUGGUACCAUUUAACAAGUGUAAACACUUGUAAGUGCUAGGUACCUGUAGUAACGAAUACAUAUUUUACUGCCAAGUUUGUGUAAAGUUAACGUGGUCAGAGUCUAAAUUGUAGCUUUAUAAAAUAGGGCACAACAGGGACAGUCGCCAUCAGAUACAUCAGAGCGGCCAAGGGUCAUUCUCUUAGAGUAUGUCUGCGGUUGCGUCUAAUUGCGACGAUUCUUUUCAUACAUUUUGUAUGGGUCGAGGCAAUUACACCACAGACUUAUUUUUUAAGAAUGACCCCCAAGAUAACCGCUCCGAUAUCUCUGAUUGCUUAGAUGGCUGUACAUGAGCAACCAAGCCCCUUAUUCAUAAACGCGCUACAAACCUCAAUUAGCUAAUAAUCGUUCUUUAUCUGUCACAUUGACUUAUGUAUUUGUAAGAAAGUGAUAAAACAUAAUUUAACCAAAUCAGGCCCGUAAAGUUUUAUGAAUCAUGUGGUAAGACUAUAACAUGUGUUCUUUUAAACCCCACCGAAUACAGUUUCAGAAUGUUAUAGCAAAGAGAAUUUGAUAUAGAAGCGGAUUGUCAAAGUCAUUUUUAGGGUUCCGUACCCAAAGGGUAAAACGGGACCCUAUUACUAAGACUUCGCUGUCCGUCCGUCCGUCCGUCCGUCUGUCCGUCUGUCUGUCACCAGGCUGUAUCUCACGAACCGUGAUAGCUAGACAGUUGAAAUUUUCACACAUGAUGUAUUUCUGUUGCCGCUAUAACAACAAAUACUGAAAACAGAAUAAAAUAAAGAUUUAAAUGGGGCUCCCAUACAGCAAACGUGAUUUUUGACCAAAGUUAAGCAACGUCGGGAGGGGUCAGUACUUGGAUGGGUGACCGUUUUCUUUUUGCUUUUUUUUGUUUUUUUUUUGCAUUAUGGUACGGAACCCUUCGUGCGCGAGUCCGACUCGCACUUGCCCGGUUUUUAUAGCCACAGCUCAGUAACUUUACUGCCAUCUUUCGCCCGCCUGCCAAAACUUUUAGAACGCCAUUUGACUUUGAUCCUUGUUCUUUCACUGAUAUGUGUUAAACUUGUUAAAUGUCAAAAAGUGUCGCGAUCUACUCGAGUAUAGGCCUAAGGUAUGAAAAGAUGACAGACUUUGACAAUCUCUAUACUAAAUUCUCUUUGGUUACAGUUAUAACCACAACUAAAAAACUACAUGAAACAAAUAUUAUUGAAAUAUCAACCUUAUUAUCUAAGCUAUACCGUGCAAAAUGGUCAAUUUCGUCCAUUUUAUUAAUAUGUAUAAUUUUAACCUUUUGACCGCCACUAUAAUUAAGGUGUGGCAGGCAAAGCGUUAAACCACAACUGGUGUUGUAAUUAAAAAAACAUUGAUAGCAAUUAGCAACAAAAUGUGUACAUGCUUUAAAAUAUUGUUAAUUUAUAAAAAAUAAAACAUGGAAAAACAA